AAUACCCCAACAACAAUAACAAUGGCCGUGUGUGUAGCUGUCAUAGGCAAGGAAAACAGUCCGCUUUAUGUGUGGGUGGGCAGUGGACGAGAGGAACUUCAUCUUCACUACCUGGCACAUACAGGAUUAGAUGUUAUACAGGAGAAGGUCGCUGCAGUUAAUAAAACUCCUGGUGACACCAGAGAACUUUACUUAGGUCUGCUCUAUGCUUCAGAAGAAUACAAAGUCUUUGGAUACACAACCAACACACGGAUAAAGUUUGUCAUCAUUACUGAUGCAGCAAAUACAACCCUAAGAGACAAUGAAAUUAGAAUGAUGUUCAGACGUCUACACAAUAUGUAUACAAAUGUUGUAUGCAAUCCAUUCUAUAUCCCUGGAGAGCAGAUCACAUCAAGAGAAUUUGACCAAGGAGUUGGAGCUCUGGUAGCAGGGAAUUAGAUGAACUGUACUGUACCACUAGUACUUGCUAGUUCUACUUCCAUUAUGUGAAUUUACAGCAGACAGGACACUGCUGCUAUGGAAUAUGCAGGAUUCUGAUUUUCAUGGUAGUUUCCCAUUUUAUAUAUGUAUAUUUUUUACAUCUAAACUUUUGUACAUUAUUAAUACUCUUACAUUAAAAUAGGUGCAGUACAUUAACUAUUUUUUUAUGGGCUACUUUCAUAUUCUUUAUUUUUAUUUAUAUUAUUGUAUAGUAAGCUCAAAUAGAUAUCAAUACUUGUUCUAUGAUAGUAACACUGUCUUAUAGAUAUCAACAGUAGUCUCAUCAAAUACCUGAGAAUAUUUUUGUCAUUGUCUACUUGGAAAUGCUGUGUUGCAUAUUUCACUCUGCUCAUAUAUUUAGUUAAGUUUUACCAAUAUUGUAAAUAGUUUCUCACCACUUUCAUUUUGUUCAUUGUGUUCAUUAGAUAAUGUGUUAUAUGUAAUGUGUUUAUUGAUAAUUAUACUUAAUAUAUUUUCACCCUGCCUUGGUGGGAGACGGCUGACUUGUUAAAAAAAAAAUAUAUAUAUUUUCCUUAUAUAGAUGCAUGUAACAAUCCAUUUUUUCACUGCUCUUCAACUUUGUUGGUCAAAAAUACUCUCUUCAUGAAUAGACACAUCAGUAUGCAUAAAUCUUCAGCAGAUUUUUCAGAUGUUUUAUGAAUUAAUGGUUAAUAUAAUGAAAUUAAGCUGGAUGUCCUAGCACAAAGCACAACAAAGUUUAAAGGGGGUGGAAGAAUUUUUCACUGGGAGGAGUAAAUGAGAUUAAAUUGUGUGUAACCAGAAGAACUAAAGGAGCAAUAGUGGUAAUAUUAAAUGAUAAACUGUGGAAAGAAAGAGUGGGAUAUAAGUGUUCAAAGUCAGGAAUUUUUUGGAUUAGGAUGAAGAUGAAAUGUGAGAAGUGGUUUAUAGCAAGUGGUUAUGGUGAGAAGAGUGUAGAGGAGAGAUUAAUUUAGGGAAGUGUUAAGUGAAGAUUUAGAGAGUUUUGAACCAAAUGAGAAAAUUGUUGUAUAGGGCAUAGUUGCUGUUGAGGGUCUUUUGAAUUCUGAUGGCCAUACAAGACUGACAAGAUAGCUAUUAACCCUUUGACUGAUUACGCUGUAUAAAUACGUCUUACGCGCCACUGUUUCUGACGUAUAUAUACUCAAUAAUUCUAGCGGCUUCAAAUCAAGCGGGAGAAAGCUGGUAGGCCCACAUGUGAGAGAAUGGGUCUGUGUGGUCAGUGUGCACCACAUAAAAAAAAUCCUGCAGCACACAGUGCGUAAUGAGAAAAAAAAAGCUGAUCGUUUUUUUGGAUUAAAAUGCCGACUUUGAGAUGUAUUUUCGUAUAGUAUUUAUCAAUGUAUUCGCUUUUCAUGGUCUUAGGUGAUAAAAUGGAAAACAUAUUACAGAAAUAGAGAUGAUUUUCAUUACUUUGAUGAUGAAAACGACCUUGAAACUGAGCUCAAAGUAGCCGAAAUGUUCGAUUUUUACCAAUGUUCAGGAGUAAACAAAUCACACCACACGUCCAAUACACGUCAACUGGGGAGUCUAAUAUUCUUUCGCAAGUGCACUGAUAUUAUUUAUAUCAUUUUUACAAUAAUGCAGUAGUCUGCAUAACAGUAAAUUUUGUAUUUUUUUGUAUGAAUAAAAAAUCAAAAUAGAAAGCAAUAAUAAUAUAAGAGGGGCCUAGAGAUGUGACUAAUGAACAGAGGAUAUGUUAUUUUAGUGCCAAGAAUGUCUACCUUGUUUAUUCUGGACCCUAUUUUGAAAUUGGCACCUUUUUUAAUUUGCGUGAAAUUGGCCAAAUUGCCAAUUUCUGACCACUAUAUUGGGUAGUUCAAAUUGGUAAAUGGGCAGUUUCUUGUACUCAGCUGAUAUAUAAAAUGGAGUUCUAAAGAAAUAGCUAUGAGUUUGGUCAACUGGAACAACAGAAUUGGCUGAAAACAGGGUUCAAAGUUGGCAAAAUCGCCGAUACGCAUAUGUCGCCGAGACCGCUAGCUUCGCGGGAGUGUAAUUCCGUGAGUUUUCGACCAAGUUUCGAACUUUUGGUGUCAUUACCAUCGGGAAAAGAUUCUCUAUCAUUUCAUAAGAAAAAAUAAUUUUUUUUUUUUUUUUCAAAAAUUUAUCGACAGAAUGACGGUUUCAGAAAGGGGCCUGCGACAGUCAGAGGGUUAAAUAAAUGAUGGUGAAUGUGUGUUGUUUUGAGUGACCCUUGGUGGGAGACAGCUGAGAAUGUAAAUAAAAAACACACUUAAAGGAACUGAAAUACACUGUCUAUUGUGUGUUUGGGGGACACAUUAUGUGGAAUGUAUUUUGUAUAUACCAAACAAUAUUUUUGCUAUGCUUACUGGCAUGUGCUAAUUCUACAGAAAAAAAAAAAACUCCCAACAUAAUUUGGGAGUUUCUAGGAAUUAACCUAACAUAUUCCUUAUUCAGUAUAAUUGUCUUUUAAACCAACAAAGUGGUAGUCUGCUUGUUCACUAAUUUCCUAAUGUAGCAAAAUGGGACUUCCCCAGUUAAUAAAAUAUGAUGCUGUAUUACUCAUUUGCAUAUACAGUAUUCAGCGCAAAGUGCUAUAUGACCCUUAUAGGUUUAGCACUUAAGUUAUGAUAAUAUUAUUAUAAUCAAAAAGAAGCGCUAAGCCACAAGGGCUAUACAGCAGUUAUGAUAAUUCAGUGCAAAGUACUGCAUUACAUGUAAAAUCAAUGUUCAAUUACAAGCUCCUCUGUACAACAACCACAUAUGUAAUUUUUCUAGUAUUAGAUUGUUUAAUAUUUACUGUAGUAAGAAAAUUUACUUGGUUAAAGUACAGUAGUUGCAUUCAUAGGCAAAAAAAAAAAAAAUUCUUUUUGAAAUCAUGUUAAUUUGGGACAGUCCUGUUGUAAAAAUUGAAUGCCCUCUAGUGAAUGUGAGAAAUAAAACAACUAAAUGUGCUAAAUAAAUGUAAGUAAUUUAUAUGUUAAUCAUUUCAAUAAAUUUCAAAUUUAGUGGGAUGGAUUGUGAGGGACUUACCUAGUAUGGGCCAACAGGCCUGCUGCAGUGUUCCUCCUUUCCUGUGUACUUAUGUAACAGUACAGUGCUGUAUUUCUGGACUUUUCUGAUAAAAGUUACCAGUCAGAAGUUUGUUUUACAGUUUCUGUGAUAUAUGUAUAAGUAGUAAAAUCUUGAAUUUAAAUAUGUAACCUCUCGUUUAUAUAGCAUUAUAAUUCAUGUAUUUUUUUCCUAAUUUACAUAGCAUGAAAACUUAUUCUAGGUUAUAGUUGAAGUUAACCAAAAAAUAAAGAAGUACAGUAACAUAAAUGAGUGGCUUACAUAUGGUAGUGUGGAACACAUUGACAUUGCUUACAGCAUUGGUUUUCCCACACAUGCUGUUUAAAUUGGAGGAUGGAUGGGUUAAAGUAUGGAUAUGAAUACUUUGAGGAUGAACUGAAGUGUAACUCCUAUUGGUGACAUUAUAGAUGAAAUUAUUGUUUUUGUGGACACUGCAGUAAUGAAUAAUUGGUACUUCGUAAUAUAGUAAGCUACCACAUUGUCUGCAUAAUGUGUCACAUCAGCCAGGUUGUGAUGGCUAUGCAGGCCUGGGGACCACUAGCACCAACAGCCUAGUUGACCAGGCAGUUGAUUAAAAAGUUUGCUAUCAGUCCAGUUGCAAGAGUAGGAGAAUCUUCAAAACUUUUUCCAGGUAUGUCACAGGUAAGUAGAAGCAGAAAUAUGCAAUUACCACAAGAGUACCCCAGGAGACAUUCAGAAGUAGUAUUGUAUUUAGGCAAGAUUUAUGCUCUCAUAAAAUGAUUCACUGCUAAGGUUUGAUAAGUCUUUAAAAAUUGCAGGAAACUUUUAAAAUCCAGGAAAUAAGAUCCCAAACAAUAAAGAUAUGCUGGUACAGCCAAA